GGAUAAAAACUGUGAAACAGUAUGUCCUAACACCAACUAUGGAAUUAACUGUAAUAAAACCUGUAUAUGCAAGAAUGGUGGCCAUUGUAAUCGAAUGAAUGGAAGCUGUACAUGUGAGGGGCGAUGGAGAGGAAAGAUAUGUACAGAAAAUAUUCCACAGAUUGUUGCAGCUUCUGAUGAGGAAGUUAACACUGGGCAGCCCAAAUACAUUUCUUGUACAGCUGAUGCCAUCCCUCCUCCUUCUGUGCAAAUCAAUUCGAGCCAAUUAUCUAGUAUAAACUCUGAAGUUCGGGAACUUAACAAGAACCAGUAUCAAGCUGUCGUCAAAGUUACUGUUGCAAAGGCUGAUGAUGUGGAUUUUUUCUGCAUUGCAAGCAAUGAUCAUGGAUUUGUUAAAAAGACUUUUACCUUGCAUGUCAUUGACCCUCCUGUGCUCAAAGAUAAGCCAAAAGUACUUGAUGUGAAUUCCACGUCUGUUGUAGUAGGUUGGCUACCAUGGGAAUUUGAAAAAGAUAAUGGUGGAGUAAAAUCAGAUAGAGCUGAUUAUAUGGUAGUUUAUCGUGAAAAGCUAGAAACACAGUGGCAUAAACUAGACUCCUGGCAACCAGGACUGAGUGCCACUAUUCCAAACUUGCUGCCUGAUACAGAAUAUGAAGUGGCUGUUAGAUGUCGACGACAAGGUCGUGGAGGGGAUGGAAAACCUAGUCCAAGUGUUUCUGUUCAUACAUUAUGUGGAAAAUCAAAUCCUAAUGGAAUCCCUCAAGAUUUUCAUGGUGUGGUGAUCAAUACUACAUCCAUUCAACUACUUUGGAAUCCUCCAAUGCUGUCAGAUUUGCAAUGCCAUCUAUUGGCUUAUAGACUUCGGUUUUGGAAGACAUUGGAUAGCCUUUCGGUACAACAUGUUGAGAUAAAUAGUUCUGAAGAAAGUUUUAUAAUUACCAACCUUACUGCCUAUUCUAACUAUACACUUCAGCUGUACCCACUGACCUCUAGUGGCUUAGGAUCUUACUAUGCUUCUCUAAAUAUCAUCACACCAGAGUCAGUGCCAGGUCCAGUCCAAAAUCUUACCUAUCAUCAUUUACCUAAUCCAUACAACCUGUUACUAACUUGGGAUAUUCCAUAUGAAGUUCAUGGCAACCUUAAAAACUACCUCAUCAACUAUGAUUUCAUUGGUAUAAGAGAUUGUGGAACUUCUUCUAUAGAGGAUACUGACUCGAGUAAUUUUACAACCAUGACCACUCAAAACAAACAGAUAACUAUAUCGGAUCUCCAUUCUUACUCCAACUAUUAUAUCACUGUUCGUGCUAGUACAGCAGCUGGCUUUGGAAAUGUAAAGGAAUUGUAUGCUGUCACUAAAGAAGCAGCACCAUCUGGUGUUCCUCAGAAUGUUCGAAUUAUGACAGUAGAUAAAAAUGUACUAGAGUUUCACUGGGAUCCAGUACCUUGUGACCAGUCCAAUGGGAAGAUUAUUAAUUAUGAAUAUGCUAUUCAGCAUGUCCCUCACUUCAGAUCAAACAAAACUAGAACAAAAAGGAAGAUGCUAAAACGAAGCUCGGUGGUAAGAAUAUCCAAAACAAAUGGAACUACUGCACGUCUAACAGGACUUGUGCCUUUUGAAACGUAUACUUUUGUUGUUCGAGGAUAUACUAAAGUUGGUGCUGGACCUUUCUCAAACAAAAUAUUUCAGAAAACUGCAGAUGAUGUACCACCAGCACCAUCAUUGUUACUUGUUGAAAAAAGCGAUCGACAUAUGACACUGAGAAUAAAACCACCUAACCCAGCAUAUGGCGUGAUUCUACAAUAUAAUUUAUCGUACUCGACUGCAGAAAACCAAUCUUAUGACACAAGAUUUCUCUUGAUCAACAGCAUGGUUCAAAAUGAUAAUGAUACUGGUGCCAGCAAAAUUUAUCAGCUGCAAAAUUUGCUACCAUAUACCCAAUAUUUUAUCAAGACUCAAGCAUCUACCAGAGUUGGCUGGGGUUACUGGAGUGAAACUGUUACUGUUCUUACUGAGGAGAGCUUGCCUGGACCUCCUACACAGAUUAAACUGGUAUCGAGGACAAAUAGUAGCAUAGAAAUUUCAUGGGCCCCACCUAAUAAACCUAAUGGUAUCAUUACAAUGUAUCAGGUGAAGUGUCAACCCAUGUCUACAGCUGAUCCACAGUAUCAAUUAGAGAAAUUAAUAGUUGACUCCAUCAAUGUCAGUGCUACAAGAAGAUCAUAUGAGUUUACACAUCUUCAUCACAGCACAGCAUAUCAGUUCCAGGUGUGGGCUUUUACUCAAGUUGGUUAUGGACAAGAAGUUGAAGCAGUAUACUGGACAGAAUUUGCUGAAAUUGAUGCACCUCCAAAAGCAAUUAUUUUGAAUGAUUAUGUGACUGAAAGUAGUGUGCCUAUUAUUUUCACACCAGCAGACCAUAUUGGAGUGAAAAAAUAUCAGAUAAUUGUUGAGAAAGCUGACAAUAAAGCUGGUAUUGAUGAGACAAAACUUCAGGAUUAUAAAGGCAGUGUGGAAAACAAUAUUACUUAUUACAUAACAGCAGAGUUGGAUGCAAGUGAAGUUUCAAAACAUCGUAGGUUUUAUUUUAUUGUUGGAGAUGAAAAAAACUAUGGUAGAUUUAUGAACGUGGCCUUGAGGACUGGUGAAAGGUACAACAUCAGAAUACGUACAAUUGCCCAGCUUGACAUGGAAGAGAAGUCAAGAUCAGCUAUAUCAUUUCCACAGUCCUCUGUUAAGGUUGGAGGUCCUGAAAUACAGAAGGAUGAAAGACAUAUACUAGGAAUGCCUUGGCUAUAUCUUAUGUUCAUAAUGUUAGGGAUAUUUGUAUUUUUAGCAGUAAUGUUCCUAUUCCUUGGCCUAUUCUUCAGCAGACGCAAGAAAAGUGUACAGUGUCACAAAACAACCAAUGGCUUUGCCCAACCUGAAAUAUCUGAUGCAAUGACCUGGUCUGUCACUUACAAAGUACCUGAAUGUCAAGCAACAGACAGCCCUCUAGUGGAAACUUCUCAGCCUAUCAUUCUUAGCAGAGAAAAUGGUUCACUUACAAAACGUGGAAAAGGAAAGUCAGUUCACAGCUCUACAUCAAUUCUAGUGGGAAAACUACCAGAUUAUAUCUUCAAGAAAAACACUACUGUUACAUCGACCUUUUCUGAUGAGUUUAAUUCACUCUUAGGAGGACAAACAUCACAAUGGAGUGAAGCAAAAAAGGCAGAAAAUGUAAAGAAGAACCGGUAUGGCAACCUUCUUCCAUACGAUCGUUGUCGUGUAAUCCUUGAGCCCUUACAAGGGGUAACCUCUUCUGACUAUAUUAAUGCAAGUUACAUUGAUGGUUACAACAGUACAAAGGAGUAUAUUGCAACACAAGGUCCAAAAGAAAACACUUCUUUGGACUUCUGGAGGAUGGUGUGGCAGGAGAAUUCCUCUGUUAUUGUCAUGGUGACUAGUUUAAUUGAAAGUGGAAAAAGAAAAUGUGCCAAAUAUUGGCCCGAUGACAGCAUUCAGUAUGGAGAUUUACAGGUAUUGUUAAUUCAUACAGAGACGUGUAUGGAUUUCAUGAUACGCACCAUCUUGCUGAGAAAAAACAGAGAAACAAGAAGAGUUCGUCAUUAUCAGUUUUUAGACUGGCCUGAUAAUGGAAUUCCCUCAAAUGCUGCAUCAUUGAUCAUGCUACAACGCAGAAUCCGAACAGAUAAUCCUGAUAACAAAAGCCCAAUUAUUGUUCAUUGCAGUGCAGGUAUAGGAAGAUCUGGAACUUUUAUUGCCAUUGAUGCAUUACGGAAUCAAGCAAAUGAAGAAUAUCAAGUUGAUGUGUUCAGUUUUGUGAACAAGAUGAGAAUGCAACGGAUAAACAUGGUGCCGACUUUGGAACAGUAUACUUUCAUUUAUGAAGUUCUUUCAGAAGCAGUAUUAUGUGGUGAUACAAUGGUGAUGGCUGACCAACUUCACAUGUAUGUUCGACAUAUAUGUUCCCCACAACCAAACACAGAUAUAUCAGAAAUAAAGCAGCAAUUUGAGACUUUGUCCAAGAUCCAACAGAAGACUAGCAUAAGCCAGUGCUCUGAUGCUUUGAAUGAUAUAAAUAUUUUGAAGAACAGAGAUCCAAUGAUAGUUCCUUGUAAGUGCCAUAAACAGUUAUGUACUUAUACAA